UUCAACAAUGCAGACGGAGAUGAGGCUCUGUAAGCGGCUCUCUUAUCUGUUUUUAUUAACGCUCCUCUCCAUAAGAUAGACACGCAGUGCAUCCGCUCUGCUCCCAAUUGACGUCAUCCUGACAUCACGUGACCGAGCCGAAACCAACCAGAGACGUUUGUUGCUUCUGCAAUCUUUCACCAACUGCCUUGUUCUACCACCAAGAAAAAGAAAGAAACAAACAAAAAAACCUUCCGAUCAGGCAUUAAGAGGAAACACGAACCCAGUCUUUGUCUUUUUUAAAUUUGUUUUUACGUCGUAUUAUGGAUAUUAUUAUGGCCUUUGAAAAGUAAAUAUUGGUGGACCCAAAAAUCACCGGGAGGUGAACGAUUUAUGGGGAUCUAUUGAGAGUGGACUCGGAUUGUCCUUUUUCCUCCUCCUCUGGUUUCCUCGGUUUCUCCGUGUCCACUCUCUCUGUCUCUUUCCCCUAACCCCAUUGUUACUACUCGUACGGAAUUCUUAUUUUUAAUUUUUUUUUUGAGGCUGGAUUAAUAUCACACGACAAAGAACCCGCUGCUUGCUGUUAUGGAUUUCAAUAGCAGCUCGGGUGGAGGCAGCGAUCUCCACAAUAACCAGCACCAGCUCCAGACAGACGAAAGCAAGCCCUUGCUGGGUGAGGUGUCUGCUUCUGGACCACCGGACGGGAAUAAAAUGGGAGCAAGUCUGUAUCGGAGAGCCUUGCUCCACUGCAACGGGAUGAGGUAUAAACUACUUCAAGAAGGGGACAUACAGGUUUGUGUCAUCCGACACCCGAGGACCUUUCUCAGCAAGGUCCUCAGUUCCAAAUAUUUGAGGAGAUGGGAAGCUCACCACUUGACCCUGACGGAUAAGAGUCUGGCAUCUGCUACUCCGAUUGGUUACAUGGAAAACGCCAUCUCUUACAGCGCCAUAGAGGACGUUCAGCUACUGUCCUGGGAAAACGCACCCAAAUACUGUUUACAGCUAACUAUCCCGGGAGGGACUGUACUGCUGCAGGCUGCCAACAGUUAUCUCCGUGAUCAAUGGUUUCACUCACUGCAGUGGAAGAAAAAGAUCUACAAGUACAGGAAGGUUCUGAGUAACCCGAGUCGCUGGGAGGUGGUUCUGAAGGAGAUCCGAACCCUGGUGGACAUGGCGCUCUCCUCUCCUCUGCAGGACGACUCUAUCCACCAGGCCCCCCUGGAGAUCAUCUCCAAACUGCUGUCAGAGAAUACAAAUCUAAGUACACUGGAACAUGAAAACAUUAUAGAGGCAAUCGCACCCUUGCUGGAAAACAACCACCCACCUCCAGACCUCUGUGAAUUCUUCUGCAAGCACUGCAGGGAACGCCCCAGGUCUAUGGUGGUGAUAGAAGUGUUCACACCUGUGGUACAGAGAAUCCUCAAACACAAUAUGGAUUUUGGGAAAUGCCCUCGGUUGCGGCUCUUUACUCAGGAAUACAUACUGGCACUGAACGAGUUAAACGGUGGAAUGGAGGUGGUGAAAAAGUUCAUUCAGAGCAUGCACGGGCCAACUGGACAAUGUCCUCAUCCCAGGGUCCUGCCAAACCUUGUGGCUGUCUGCUUAGCUGCCAUUUAUUCCUGCUACGAAGAAUUUAUCAACAGCCGAGACAACUCUCCCAGUCUCAAAGAGAUUCGGAACGGGUGCCAACAGCAGUGCGAGCGCAAACCCAACCUGCCACUGCGCCUCAUGAGGACCAGCCCUGCCCUGGGCUCCCAGGAGGUCACCUCGCCCGUGGAGACCCGCAUCAAGAUCGUCAACUCCAGCGAGAUCCACGUGGACCUGGAGCGCAACAACGUAGCCAAUCAGAAGCUGAAGGGGCCGGUGGGGGGCAGCGAGAGCGAGCCCAGCCUGAUUGACUGCCUGCUGGUGAGCCCGGCCUGCAGCACCAUGAGCAUCGAGCUGAGCCCCCAGGCUGACCGCGUGCUCGUCUGCUACGUCGAGAUCCUCAAGAUGCUGUCAGACUAUGAUGACUGGAGACCAGCCUUGGCCAGCCUUCUGCAGCCUAUUCCCUUUCCUAAAGAGGCUCUCGCACAUGAAAAAUUCACAAAGGAGUUAAAGUAUGUCAUUAAGAGGUUUGCUGAGGAUCCCAGACAGGAGGUCCACUCGUGCUUGCUGAGUGUCCGUGCUGGCAAAGAUGGCUGGUUCCAGCUCUACAGCCCCGGAGGAGUGGCGUGUGAUGAUGAUGGGGAGCUCUUUGCCAGUAUGGUACGUGUCUGCAAUAAUGUUCACAUUUUGAUGGGUUCCUGCUACAAGACAAAGAAGUUCCUGCUUUCGUUGGCUGAGAACAAGCUGGGACCCUGCAUGCUGCUGGCAUUGAGGGGCAGCCAGACCAUGGUGGAGAUCCUGUGCUUGAUGCUGGAAUAUAACAUCAUUGAAAACAAUGACACACAGCUGCAGAUCAUCUCCACGCUGGAGAGCACAGAGGUGGGGAAGAGGAUGUACGAGCAGCUGUGCGACCGCCAGAGAGAACUCAAGGAGCUGCAAAGAAAGGGUGGUCCCACAAGGCUUACUCUACCAUCCAAGUCAACAGACGCGGACCUGGCUCGCCUGCUGAGCUCAGGCUCCUUCGGUAACCUGGAGAACCUCAGCCUGGCCUUCACCAACGUCACCAGUGCCUGUGCGGAGCAGCUUAUCAAGCUGCCCUCACUCAAACAGCUCAACCUGUGGUCAACCCAGUUUGGAGAUGCUGGAUUGAGGCUCCUCUCUGAGCACCUUACUACUCUGCAAGUUCUCAAUCUGUGUGAGACCCCAGUUACUGAUGCUGGACUUCAUGCGCUAAGCUCUAUGAAAAGCUUGUGUAGCCUCAACAUGAACAGUACUAAACUGUCUGCUGACACAUACGAAGAUCUGAAGGCCAAGUUGCCUAACCUCAAGGAAGUGGAUGUUCGUUAUACUGAAGCCUGGUGAACUUUCUGUAGAGACGAUGAAAGAAAAACAAAUCUCUAAAACAAAACCUCUUUUUAGUGAGAUCUGUUCAGCUCAUCUUUUUUGUAGAGCAGGAAGUUUGGGUACUGUGAAAGAAGCUCUCUUUGCCCAGCGUCCCCCUCAUUCCAUGACCCACGUUGUGACUGCCGGCCUAGCUCGGCACCCAUAGGCUUUGCCAUUUGAAAUAGUGAAAGACUUUUUAGCGGUUAGCGGACCACGCGACGAAAAGGAAAAAACAACUGAACUGUACAUUUUGAUUGCCUUUGUGUUUUAAUGAUGCUGUAUGUAUGAAAUUUUUGCCGACUUGAAACAGACUAUUAUUUUUUUCUUCAAAUGACUCUGCUUUCUUCUUUUGCUUUAUUGAAACAAAGACAAAUCUGUACAGAAUGCUAUUGGAGAGAAAAAGACCAUCCAAUGACCCCAAAUGCUAGCCUCUGUAUUUUUUUUUUUUUUUUUAAUUGCUUUGUUUGUUUUUGUACAUAACAUUAUACAUAACUCACAUAUUUAAGAUAAUUGUUCACAAUGAUCAGGUCUGGGACCUGAAUUUUAUUUAUAAAUGGUUUAAUUCUUUUAAUUCCCUUUGUGUUUGUUUGUUUGUUUGUUUUUUUGUUGGCUAUAUAGUACUGUAAAAACUAGCUUGCAGGUAUCCUAUCUAGCUAAUUUGUUUACUCUAUUGAAACAUAUGCCCACAACAACUGCUACAUGUAUUUUUUUUAGUUAUGAUUUUAUAUAUAUAUAUAUAUAUAUAUAUAUAUAUAUAUAUAUAUAUAUAUAUUAUUAUUAUUAUUAUGCCAUUUGUUUGUUUGGUUGGUUGUUUUAUUUUAUUUUUUAUGUUAUCCCUGUGCCAGACUAGAGAAAUUGGAAAUAAAUAAAUAAAUAAAUAACAAACCAAAAAAAACCCUUGUGUACAAAAAAAAUAAAUGAAUAAAAGGGUCUCUUAAAAGGAGCCCAAACAAAGGGUGUUUUUAAUAAUUUCACAAAGACCAACGUUGCUUUUGUUUUAUAUUAUUGUUGUUGUUGUUGCUAUUAUUAUUAUUAUUAUUAUUAUUAUUAUUAUUAUUAUUAUUGGUAAUGUUUUCAGUUGUACACAUACAUUCACUUUAAAAAAAAAAUUCAGAUCCAUUUUUAAAGUGCACUGCUGUUUUGUUUUUCUUUGUGCAGAGCUUUUUUUGCAUGCUAAAGCAUAUGUUUUUUUGUUUUUUGUUUUUUUGUUUUUUUUUUAAGAAUGGAAAAAGGGGACAAUAUAUUUCAGGUAAGUGUAAAGCAAACUGAAACCUGGUAGCACCAUAGACAAGUGUCAACUGUCCCAUUUUGUCAGGAUUUUAUACAAAUGCUACUAAAAGUAAAAAAAAAUAAAAAUAAAAUAAACAUUUCAAACCUUUUUCCAUUUGAGCCAGCGAUGUACAGAUAAUCUUUCAUUUUAAUUUAAUUAUUAUUUUAGCAUGGCUUUCAGUGCUACGUUAUCCCUGAAAAAUGGAGAACUGAACCUACCACAUCCUUUUUUUUUUUUGUUUGCGGUAUUUACUGUAUAAACUGUAAAGAAACAUACACACAUCUGACAGUACGCUACCCACAGGUAGAGGUCUGUUUUAUGAGGUGGUGACAUGCUGGGGAUUAAGUUAAGCGUGACUCUUAGCUGCUGCCCUGUAAUUGCCAAAUCUCUAGCGUGUGCAGGUUUCUGUUUUAUAAUAUAUUGUUUCUGUUUAAACUGUGCAACAGUAACAGAAGCAGUGUGCAAAUAUUGAUGUAUAGGAAAUUAUUUCCUAAAGGAGGGCCAUCUCCUGUUGUUAAAUCUCAUGUCUUGUUGCUAGGUAGAUUACGCAAUCCCCUCUCCACGCACACACGACUAAUUUUAUUUGUGUGUUUUUUUUUUUUAAUUUUUUUUAUUUAAUUGGUUAAGUCUUAAUUUGGUUAGAGUGCCAGGUUUUCUCUGCAUCAAGACUUGAGCUGCAUGACAGUGGAGUAGUGUAUAAAACAAAAUCGAAUUGAAAAAAAAAAAAAAAGUAAUUGCUGCCAUUGUUUUUCUCUU